AAUAACGCAUAGAGUGAAAUGAAUUAUUGCACAGUAAUAUGUACUGUAGCAUUGGUGGCAGUUGUACAAGGUCAAAUGAACCCUAGUGAGAGUUAUACGCAUUCUGCAACUUUGAGAUCUGGAAACAUUUUAUUAUGCUGGAAAUUUGAUGACACCUAUAUUACGUUUGAAGUUAUUGGAAAAACAACGGGUUGGCUUGGAAUAGGGUUUUCACCAAACGGAGCCAUGACAUCCUCCGACAUUUUCGUGGGAUGGGUGAAAAAUGGAAUCCCUACAGUAACGGAUAGACACGGAGCUUCAUCAAACACUUACCCACCUCUUGAUCCUGAACAAAAUAUCGAAGUACUCGGAGGUUUCGAAUCAAAUGGAUGGACAAUGUUUAAAUUUUCACGCCAGAUCGCUGCUUGCGAGAGCGGUUACGAUAGAGAAAUUAAGGUAAAAAUGUUAAUUUAUAUUGUUUCAUUAUUUGUAUUACAUGUUCUGUGUGUACAGAGCAUGUUUUUUCUGCAGUCUUCCGGCACUAUAACUGAACUUCCAAUUGGACCAGAGUACAAAACGUUUGAUGUACUAGCAACAGAAUUUCCUAUUCCAACAGAAGAUACAUACUACAAUUGCAAACUGUAUAAGCUUCCCGAUUUUGAUGGGAAACAACAUAUUGUUAAGUGGGAACCAAUUAUUCAAACUGGAAAUGAACUUUUUGUACAUCACAUGGUUAUGUAUGGAUGUGGUGACAUUCUAGAGAAUGAAGAAGAACUGGAACAAAACGCACGUUGCUACACAUCGAACAUGGCUUACUUCGACAGUUGCUCGACUAUCAUUCUUGAAUGGGCAAUUGGGGCAUCGGAAAUGAUAUAUCCGGAAGAAGCUGGCUUUUCUGUAGGUGGACCCGGGGAUCCAGUAUACAUUCAAUUGGAAACACAUUACGAUAACCCAAAUUUGAUUUCUGGAGCACGCGACAGUUCAGGAAUUCGAUUUACUUACACGCCAACACUAAGGGAAAAUGACAUUGGCAUUAUGUUAGUUGGAUGUGAAGCCUACGGCCAUGAGCUUAUAAUUCCUCCGGGAGCAGAAAGUUUCACCAGCAUAGGACAUUGUACUGACGCGUGUUUAGAACAAGGAUUGACAGCUUCUGAUGUCGACAAUGUUACGGCUUUUAGCGUUAUACUGCAUUCCCAUCUAGCGGGAAGAAAAUUAAGAUUAAGACAUAUCAGAAAUGGAGUUGAACUUCCGUAUUUAGCCAAUGAUGAAAAUUACGAUUUCAAUUACCAAGAAUCCAGAUAUCUCAAUCCGGGAGUUAUCAUCAAAAAUACAGAUUAUCUUCAAAUGGAAUGUGAUUAUAGCACGAAAGAUCGAACAGUGAUGACAGAGGGGGGACUGGGAACUCUUCAAGAAAUGUGCGAAUCUUUUGUUUUGUACUAUCCUAGAAUAAAUUUGGUAUUCUGCACCUCUACUGUGCCUCAAAAUACGUCAUGGUCAUAUUUAGGAAUUGAUUCAACAAUGGUACAAAAAAUUGACAACACUUCGGGAUUUCACCUCUCGGAUUACAAAAUGACUGAACCUGCUGAUAUAAAUGGAAAGACCGUUUUGGAAUACAUGAGUGAGCUCAACUGGACACAGCAACGCAUUGAAGAAUUUGAAGAUUUUUACAAUUAUGCAGAACAUCAACUAUGGUGCCAAACAGGAAACGCCAGUCAAACAACGAUAUCAACAUACCUUUCAGUUAAUAUAACAACUCAGUACACACCUCCAGUGAAAGAAUGUCAGGUUACAAGCACAACAAUUGGACCAGUAAUUACGACCAGCCAUGGUUAUGCCAUAAAAUCGCCUCAGCUUUUUCAUAUACUUGUAUUAUUUUUCUGUUUAUUCUACUAUUAUUAGCGUUUGAUCGUUGACGGUGUUCA